UCUCGUCCCCACCACCGACAUGAAGUGACAAGACUCUGCAGGGAAUCUGGUCCCCACCACAGACUUGACGGGACAAGGCUCUGCAGGGAAUCUCGUCCCCACCACAGACAUAAAGUGACAAGACUCUGCAGGGAAUCUCGUCCCCACCACCGACAUGAAGUGACAAGACUCUGCAGGGAAUCUCGUAAUAACCUAUGCAUUUUGGCUAUAAAUAUGUUCCCAAACUUGUUCAUUUUCUUCAUCACCUCUUAUACUAUCAUCAGAGCAACUUAGCAUCAGAGCAACUUUGUGUUUCAUCAUCAACAAACAUGUCUCUCCUAACUAUGGGUCAAGAGCACCGAGGCACCAUUGCAAACAUUGCGACCUAUGAUGUCACGAGAUUUAGGACCCGUGCUGGUAAGAUGAUUGCUCCUGACCCUUUGAUUGUGGACUACGUUAAACGUGCGGGAUUUGGUGAGGUAAUGAACUUAACACAUACCUCAGUUGAUAUGAAGUUUAUAUUAGCAUUGUGUGAGCGUUGGAGGCCUGAGACUCAUACUUUUCACCUUCCAAUGGGUGAAUGUACCGUCACUCUAGAGGACGUGUACAUGUUGUUGGGUCUCAGAACAAAUGGAAAGGCAGUGUAUGGAAAUGUCCAACAACCAAACGCCCUAUGCGUCGAAUUGUUGGGUGUGGAUUUAAUAGAGGGUGAGGGGCAACAAAGGGGUAGGGGCCAAGGUAUAAAGCUUGCUGGCCUUCAGGAAGCUUAUGUUGGGAUUCAAUUGGAUCAGUUUUCUGACGAAGAAACUAUACUGCGGAAAACUAGGAUGUAUAUUAUGUUGUUGUUUGGUAGGUUUCUAUUUCCCGAAGGCACGGGAAAUAGUGUUAAUUUUAUGUACUUGUGUUUACUUGGGGACAUUGAUGCAAUAAAGACAUAUAGCUGGGGUUCGGCUGUGUUGGCAUACCUAUAUAGUUCCUUAUGCAAAUGUGCAAAAAAGGAUGUUUGUACAUUUAGUGGAUGUGCAUUCUUGCUACAAACAUGGGCAUGUGCCUGGAAUGUGAGAGAGCUUAAUAAAAGUGGUAAGCUCAAGGAGAUAAGCUCCCGUCUCCUAAAGCUUAGGGCAGACAUAAAUAUCCUGGUUGAGACUAGAGUCAAAGCAGAGCAAGCAACAAAUAUAAAAAAUAAGCUUCAUAUUGGGGGUCAUUUUGUUGAUAACUAUAGCUGUCAUGCGAAUGGGAGAAUUUGGUUGCAAUGGAAUCCUGAUAAUGUGGAGAUAAUUGUUCUAUGA